GUUACAAUUAUUCUCAAGAUCUAUUUUCAAACUUUCAAAAUAACAAAGGCUCCUCCUCCUCUCUCUCUCUCUCAUCCUUCUCCAAAUCACAAAAAGGGCCGAAACCUAAUAUCGGCUCUCUAACUGAGAAGAAACAACUUCUGUCGAGAUUCUUGUUACUCAAUCGGAGGUUUCAGGAAGAAAUCUUCUUUCAUUUGGCUUCAAUCGCCUAGCUCGGAUCCAGAGUCGGAAGAUGCCGAUCCGUAAUCAGAAUCGCGCUCCUCGCAGCCCAAUCGCCAGAAGGGAGCCGCUCUCUAGUAUACCUAUUGAUAGACGAAGGAAAGUGGAGACGCAAGGUGGUACUGCUAGAAGACAGGCUCCUUCCACAGUGAACAGACAAGAUGUUACGGCCAACAGCGAUGUGGGAAGCGUGGAGGAGUGCAGUAAAGUCGAGUUUACUAAAGAUGAAGUCUUGGCUUUGCUUAACGAGAGAGCUAAAGCUGGGAAGUUUGAUACUAAGGGUAAAAUUGAGCAGAUGACUGAUAUUAUCAGAAGGCUUAAGGUUUGUGUUAAAUGGUUCCAACAAGUGGACGAAACCCAUGUUCAGGAGAAGGAAAAUCUUCGUUCUUCUCUGGAAUCAGCAGAGAAAAGAUUCUGUGAGAAAGAGUUGGAUGCAAAGACCAAAGAAGAAGAACUACAAGCAACUAUAGCGGAGAUGAAGGAGAAGAUAGCGUCACUACAGGAGAAGUUCUCAAAGGAGGAGCUGAGCAAAUUGGAUGCAAUUGAGAACCACAAAAGAGAAAAGGAAAGUAGAGUUGCAGCUGAAAAGCUUGGAGAUUCUCUCAGAGGAGAGCUUGACAAAGCGAAAGAAGAGAUAACGGCUGGCAAGCAUAAGGAGAUGACCCUUAAAGAUAUCAACACAAGGCUGCAAGAGUACAACACAAGUUUGCAACAAUAUAACUCCAAACUUCAGACUGAUCUUGAAGCAGUUCGAGAGGCACAGACUCGUGCUGAAAAAGAAAAGUCGAGUAUACUGGAGAACCUUACUACACUAAGGGGUCACAGUAAAUCACUACAAGAUCAACUAGCAUCGAGCCGAGUUACUCAAGAUGAAGCAGUUAAACAAAAGGAGUCAUUGCUGACUGAAGUCAAGAACCUUCGGAGUGAGCUUCAACAAGUCCGAGAUGAUCGUGAUCGCCAGGUUGCACAAUCACAGAAGCUGGCUGAUGAGAUACUCAAGUAUAAAGAGAGUGUUGGAAAGUCAUCUCAUGAACUGGACAUUUUGAUUGCAAAAUCAGGAUCGUUGGAGGAAACAUGUGCGUUGCAAAAAGAGCGUAUAAAAAUGUUGGAGCAGGAAUUAACUUUUGCUAAAGAAAAGCUAAAGAUGGUAGAUGCAUCUAUGUCUCUUACUAUGACAGAAUUUGGGGAUCAAAAACAACGUAUGCGUGAGCUGCAAGACCGCCUUGCAGACACGGAACGUCAACUUCUUGAAGGAGAGGUGUUGAGGAAGAAGCUUCACAACACCAUUCUUGAACUGAAAGGAAACAUACGUGUGUUCUGCCGAGUGCGCCCGUUGCUACCCGAUGAUGGAGGACGCCAAGAGGCCAGCGUCAUUGCUUACCCUACAUCAUCUGAAUCUCUUGGCAGAGGCAUUGAUGUUGUCCAAAGUGGUAACAAACAUCCAUUCACAUUUGACAAGGUCUUCGACCAUGGAGCUUCUCAGGAGGAAGUAUUCUUUGAAAUUUCUCAACUUGUACAAAGCGCAUUGGAUGGCUACAAGGUAUGUAUUUUUGCAUACGGCCAAACAGGUUCUGGCAAAACCUAUACCAUGAUGGGAAGGCCUGAAGCGCCAGAGCAGAAGGGACUGAUCCCUCGAUCACUUGAACAAAUAUUCAAAACGAGUCAGGCUCUUAGUGCACAAGGCUGGAAAUACAAGAUGCAGGUCUCGAUGUUAGAGAUCUACAAUGAGUCCAUAAGGGACUUGCUUACUACAAACCGAACAAUUGCGAUAGAGUCUGUGCGAGGAGACAGUAACACCACUGGGAGACAGUAUGCAAUCACGCAUGAUGUUAAUGGAAACACUCAUGUCAGUGACUUGACUAUAAUAGAUGUAUGCAGCAUUGGUCAAAUUUCCUCACUCUUGCAGCAAGCUGCUCAGAGCAGGUCCGUUGGAAAGACCCACAUGAAUGAGCAGUCCUCGAGGAGUCAUUUCGUGUUUACUCUUCGGAUUUCUGGUGUGAAUGAGAGCACUGAACAGCAGGUACAAGGUGUUCUUAACUUGAUUGAUCUUGCUGGAAGUGAGCGACUCUCAAAGAGUGGAGCAACAGGAGAGCGGUUAAAGGAGACACAGGCAAUAAACAAAAGCUUGUCUGCUUUGAGUGAUGUUAUAUUUUCUUUGGCAAAGAAAGAGGACCAUGUUCCUUUCAGAAACUCGAAGUUGACAUAUCUGCUGCAGCCAUGUUUAGGAGGUGACUCAAAGACGUUAAUGUUUGUUAACAUAUCACCGGAUCCAACUUCUACUGGAGAGUCCCUUUGUUCUCUUAGGUUUGCUGCUAGAGUCAACGCAUGUGAGAUUGGGAUACCUCGAAGACAAACUUCCUCAAAACUUAUCGACAAUCGCCUCAGUUACGGUUAAAGACUAGUGCUGUUGAGAGUUUCUCUGAGAUGUAUAACACAAAAGCAAUUGCUUUAGAGGUUUGUAAUAACUGAUUGUGGUUUGGACUUAGUGUAUGAAGCUCUUUAGUUCAUAUGCAGAUUUGUUUCUGCAUCUUUUGCUUUCCAUUUGAAUGUGGAAACUACUACUUGCUAUCUUAUUAUUGUUGUAUGAGAAAUUGAUUGAUCUACAGUA